AUGCACGGUCGGUGGGUACUGGUCGCGAGCUUGCUGGGGGUCUCUCAAGCCUUCAUGGCGUCACCACUGGUGGAGACAGUCAAGCCAAGAAGGUCGUCCUGCUUCCUCCAGCCCCAUGCCCCUGCUCUGAGAGGUGCUCCGAGGAGAAGCAGCCGCACUAUGAUGGCACAGGCCGAUGCAACUGAAAGCCAAACCUACAAGUUCAUUCGAAACUCGGCAGCACGAACCGCUUUCAUCCUUAACAACUGGAAGGCUUACGCUGAGAACUCGAGGGCUCUUGGUUGGACAUCGUCGUCGACAGAAGCUAUGAUUAAACUGCAGAGAGAAAGUGCGACAGCUGACGUUAUGAAAGCUAUGGUUCCGAUGAUCAUGCAGAAAGCAGCUGCAGAUAAGGCUGCCGAAGAGAAUGGAUCGAUGCCUGCCAGCAUCCCGCAAAACAUCGCCAAGUUGAACGUCAUCGCUGCCGUGAGCGUGGGGGCAGGUUCUUCGGCAGCCGUCUACACCAAGGGAGAGGGUUUCUACACCGUCGAGUACAUCGUGGCAAACACGCAGAUGACAGGACAGUUCGAGUCGCAGGUUGCACUGCUCAACGAGGUAGCGCGAGAGGCGAAGGAGGAGGGGGUGAAAGAGAUCAGGUUGGCCUGCAAUUCACUUCCUCCAUCCUCAGGGAGCCUCACGUCCUUAGAUUGCCUAUACGGCUCUCUCGAUACUUUUGGCUUCAAAGAGUCUGAGGCUGGAGUCCCAUGGUAUGUGAGACGUGUGAGCGAAUGA